UCGAUGCCAGGCCAGGGGACUCAAUCGCCGCGUGGGGUGCUGACUGGCGCGCCAACCUCCGCCGCCCUGCCCAAAAGUCACGCACAGGCGGCACAGCCACACCCGCAGCGCGUAUAAUUUGUCACCAUGUAAGCCAUGGCAGACGCAAUGGGGCGGAACAGGGACAGAGCACGAAGAUCCGCCGAGCGGUGACGUGGCCCGGCGAUGCGCGGAACUACACCGCUCCCUUCUCCAAAGCGGGCUUGUGCAUUGACCGGACAUUUUGUACUGUUGCUUUCUGUCGCACAGAAUAAAGAAGAAUGCCGGCUGCCGUCGCUUUUGGUGAUAUUGCUAAGAAGGCCAAGGGCCUCCUGGGCGGGGAUGCUGCGACCGGCACUUUCCAGCUCGCGCCUAAGCUGGUGAUCAACUCGACCACCGCCUCUGGUGUUGGUAUCACCGCGACGGCCGUGCAGAAGGGCGACAAGCUGGAUGCCAGCGUGAAGGCGGCCUACACCACCGGUGACAAGAAGUACUCAGGCGAUGUGACCGUGGAUCCCUCGGGCAAGGUGGCCAUCAACACCAGCAUCCACAACGUUGGCCCCGGCGUUAAGCUGACGGCGGCCGUGUCGCUGCCCAACCCCGCCUCCUCCGCCAAGCUGACCGCCGACUACAGCAGCGAGGCCCUGUCGAUUAAGAGCACCGUGGGCUUGAACGCCAGCCCCGUGGUGGACGUGGCCCUGGCCACCGCCGUGAAGGACAUCCUGCUUGGUGCCGAGGUGGCGUACGACACCGCCAAGGCCGACCUGACCAAGUACAACUUCGUGGCCGGCUACCACGCCGCCGACUUCCAGGCCUCCGCCACCCUGGCCGACAAGCUGUCCGUCCUCAAGCUGGUGUACAGCCACAACGUCAGCGCCAAGGCCACCGUGGGCGCAGAGCUCAGCCGCAGCCUGGCCGGCGGCGCCACCACCUUCGCCCUGGCGUAUGCCCGCAUCCUGGCUGGCGGUGCCCUGACCAAGCUGAAGCUGGAGAGCUCGGGCGCCCUGACCGCCCUGUACCAGACCAAGCUGCAGGGUGGCGAGAAGGUGACCGGCUCUGUGCAAGUGCAGGCCACCAACCUGACCCUGGGCCCCAAGUACGGCUUUGCCCUGGACCUGGCCUAAGCGCUGCACGCGGAUGUUCAAUGGUGCCUCGAUCAUUGUACGCGAGCGUCGGACCUGUGAGCGCGCAACCUUGACUAAAUGGGGCGGCGUGAGUGUGUCGGACUGGUCUAAUCCAGAUUGUUCUGUGGUUGAUCCAGGGCUUCUCGUGACCCUGCACACGGGAACUCGCUGUUCGGAUUUGUUGGAGUUGUGGUGGUGGUUUGUCGUAGUAGCGGGCAUCGGGUCAGUUCGGAAAGCGGACGAAUGGACCCGCCAGCCGCACCGUGCGCCAGGCCCGUGUGCGCGCCGGCGGCCAUUGCUCAUCCCGUUUUAGGUCAGGUGGUGCAGCAAGAGAGGCGGGUGGGGCUGUGCGGGCGUUCAGUGAGUGGUCAUGCAGGGGUGUUUGCCCCUGCAGGGGCUUCUAAUAUCGGCGCCAGCUCUUGCGCCUUGCACUUGUUUUGCAUGCCCUUGUAAUUCAAAAGCUUGACGCAGUCAUGCUGAUGGGCGUUUGCGGUGCGUAUCAGCGCACGGGGUCGGGUGCUGUAAGACAGCUGAACA